GAGGUAGAGGUUCCCCAGCACCAUGUCUGGAUCCGGCCCUGCUAUGGCAUCAUUGGAGCCAGGCCUCGCUGGGUCCCUGAACCGAGGCCAAACUGACGCCAGCAAUGUCCCUGUUCCCCCACAUCACCCCGUCCCCCAUGCUCAGACCUACCUGGAUGAGCUCAUCAGCAUCCCCAAAGGCAGCACGCCCGGCUUCAGCUUCAGGAAGCUGUGGGCUUUCACUGGCCCUGGCUUCCUGAUGAGCAUCGCCUACCUGGACCCGGGCAACGUGGAGUCAGACCUGCAGUGUGGGGCCGUGGCUGGCUUCAAGCUGCUGUGGGUGCUGCUGUGGGCCACAGUGCUGGGACUGCUGUGCCAGAGGUUGGCCAUCCGCCUGGGCGUGGUGACGGGGAAGGACCUGGCAGAGAUCUGCUACCUCUAUUACCCCAGGGUGCCCCGUGUGCUGCUGUGGCUCAUGAUGGAAAUCGCCAUCAUCGGCUCAGACAUGCAGGAGGUGAUUGGGACGGCCAUUGCCUUCAGCCUGCUCUCAGCCGGACGCAUCCCUCUCUGGGGUGGUGUCCUCAUCACCAUCACAGACACCCUCUUCUUCCUCUUCCUUGACAAGUACGGGCUCCGCAAGCUGGAGGCCUUCUUCGGCUUCCUCAUCACCAUCAUGGCUCUGACCUUUGGCUACGAGUAUGUGAUGGUGCGGCCGGCGCAGACGGAGGUGCUGAAGGGCAUUUUCCUGCCCUACUGCCCGGGCUGCGGGCGAGAGGAGCUGCUCCAGGCUGUGGGCAUCGUUGGUGCCAUCAUCAUGCCCCAUAACAUCUUCCUGCACUCCUCAUUGGUGAAGACCCGGGCGAUCGACCGCUCCAAGAAGGAGGAGGUGAAGGAGGCCAACAUGUACUUCCUGACCGAGUCCUGCCUGGCUCUCUUCGUCUCCUUCCUCAUCAACCUCUUCGUCAUGGCCGUCUUCGGCGAGGCUUUCUACCACCAGCGCAAUGAGGACGUGCAUAACAAGUGCGUCAACAGCAGCGUCAGUCGCUAUGCCAGCAUCUUCCCCAUCAACAAUGAGACGGUGUCUGUGGAUAUCUACCAGGGGGGCGUCAUCCUGGGCUGCUAUUUUGGGGCUGCAGCGCUCUACAUCUGGGCCGUGGGGAUCCUGGCAGCAGGGCAGAGUUCCACCAUGACAGGCACCUACGCGGGACAGUUUGUCAUGGAGGGCUUCCUGCAGCUGCGCUGGUCUCGCUUCACCCGGGUGCUGUUCACUCGCUCCCUGGCCAUCCUGCCCACCCUCUUCGUGGCCGCCUUUAGGGACGUGAGCCAGCUGACGGGCAUGAACGACCUGCUCAACGUGCUGCAGAGCAUCCUGCUGCCCUUCGCCGUGCUGCCCGUCCUCACCUUCACCAGCCUGCGCCCGCUCAUGCAUGACUUCGCCAACGGUCUCCUGGGGCAGGUGCUGAUGUCCCUCAUCACGGGCUUGGUGUGUGCCAUCAAUGUGUACUUCGUGGUGGAUUUCCUGCCCACGCUGCGGGGCCUGGGCUACCUCAUCCCCCUGGGGCUGCUGCUGGUGGCCUACGUGGCCUUUGUCACAUACCUGCUCUGGACGUGCAGCAUUGCUCACGGGGCGCGCUUCCUGGCCAGGGGACGCUACAACCGGUUCAGCUUCGAUGUCACCGCCGACGUGCCGGGGCUGGCAGGGCCGCACUGAUGGGUUCCGUCCCGCACACGGGGCGCCCUGCCGCCGUACCGAGCCCCGGGGAGGGGGGGAGGAAGGGGUUGGGGGGCGGGGGGGGGCGAUGCUUGCCGGGCUAACAGCCCCGGCACGGAAGGGGUUAACGGCCCUCGGUGGGUUCAGCAGAAGCCUCUCCUCGGGUGGCACAGCGGGAGGUGCCCCCACCCCGGCUGCAGCGGUGGGGCGGGCUGGGCCCUCCCGUGCCCAUUAGCGGCGGGAAGGAAGGCUCCGCUAAUUACCGCCGGGACCGCUAAUUACCGCCGGGACCGCUAAUUACCGCCGGGACAGCCCGCUCUGCCGCGUGCAGCCCCAGCCCCGCUGCGUGUCCUGUCGUGUCGUCUCCCCCCCCCCCCCCACCCCCUCGCCCCGGUCCCAAAUGUGGCGACGCCCGCUGGCCGUCCCCGCAUGGGCCCGGGGCGGUCUCCAAAGGGGCCUCCGGCGCGGGAUGAGGUGGGGGGGGGCUCUGAUAAACGUGACCUUUAU